CCAAGUGAAGAAACCGUGCGAACCCGUGUAGUUGUUGUGUGUUCACUGCGCUCAAAACCACACGGUUAAAGUAUUUGCAAUGGCGAACCUCCGACUCCACAUGCAGCGCUGCUUCUCGCCGCCGUCGCUCCGGGCGUACUUCGCCGAGUUCGUCUCCACCUUCCUCUUCGUGUUCACCGCCGUCGGCUCUGCCGUCUCCGCCCGGAUGCUCCAGCCCGAUGCCACAUCCGACGCAUCGUCCCUGGUGGCAACCGCCGUCGCACAGGCGUUCGGGCUCUUCGCCGCGAUGUUCAUCGCCGCCGACGUCUCCGGCGGCCACGUCAACCCUGCAGUGACAUUCGCCUUCGCCAUCGGCGGCCACAUCGCCGUCCCGAGCGCCAUCUUCUACUGGGCGUCCCAGAUGCUCGGCUCCACGUUCGCCUGCCUCGUCCUCUACUACAUCUCCGCCGGCCAGGCCGUGCCGACGACGAGGAUCGCGGUGCAGAUGACCGGGUUCGGCGCGGCGAUCCUGGAGGGAGUGCUCACGUUCAUGCUCGUGUACACCGUGCACGUGGCCGGCGACCCGCGCGCCGGCGGCGGCAGGAAGGGGCUCGCGGCGACGGCGCUGGGCGCGCUGGCGGUCGGGGCCGUGACGGGCGCGUCCGUGCUGGCGGCGGGGUCGCUCACGGGCGCGUCCAUGAACCCGGCGCGCUCGUUCGGGCCGGCGGUUGUGAGCGGGCACUACAACAACCAGGCCGUGUACUGGGUCGGCCCGAUGAUCGGCGGGGCGGUCGCGGCGCUGGUGCACCAGAACCUGGUGUUCCCGGGCGUGCCGGAGCCGGUCCCCAACGAGCCGCGGCCGCACGGGAGCGUGGAAACGGUGGUCGUGUAACCCAGUCCUCCGCUCUGUCACCCUGCCUCUUUUUAUCAUGUCGUGUUAGAAUGUUGAUGCCUUUGAUUUCGUGUACUAGUGUAGUAUGUGUAAGUUCUACUGUGGAUGGCAUCUUAAUUUAGGUCGUGGAAAUGUGAAUGUUUGAAGGAAUAGCAGAAAUGUAAUUUAGGUAAGUUGGACAGUAAUGGAUGGUUUGGUAGAUAUCUCUAUUACAAAACGGAGUUGCUCA